AUGAAUUUCUUAUUUGCCCUAACGUUGAUCGCAUGCGUCAUCUUCGGUGUCGACGGUGCUAGAAUUUUAGUGGUAUUCCCGCAUCAAGCGAGGAGUCAUUACAACGUGUACGAGCCGUUGUUGAAGAGAUUGGCAGAGAAAGGUCAUCAAGUGGUCUCUGUCUCGCAUUUUCCUCAAAAAACACCUUUGGCCAAUUUGACAGAUGUAGAUGUCAGCUCGAGUUUGCCGAGCUUGAUCGGCACCAUGACAAUGUCACAGUCUGAUAAAGUGUACAAGUGGUUGAAAUUGAAAUCGGUGUUGGAAAAUCGUGGCUCGGUAAUAUGUGAUCCUGUGUUAAGUCAUCCGGGGUUGAGAAAGAUUGUACAAUCUCGAGAGAAGUUCGACGUGUACAUCGUUGAAAUUUUCGUGUCGGAUUGUUUUCUUAGUAUCGCUCAUGUUUUGGAGAUUCCGAUUGUGAUCGGAACGAUCACUAGCGUCACUGUACCAUGGGCGAACGACGUCUUGAGGAAUCCUGAAAUUCCUAGUUAUAUACCGAACUGGUUCAGUAGUUACACGGAUCGAAUGAACUUUUUUGAGAGAUUUGGUAACAGUGUGGAUUUUUUCGUUACUAAAUUGGCGUACAGAUACUUAUCGGACAAUCCGAGCUACGAAAUCGCGAAAAAACACUUCGGCAACGAUCUGCCCGAUUUCGACACGCUGCGAUCGAAGAUAUCGUUGAUCUUGACGAACGGGCAUCCGGUUAUCAGCACGCCGCGAGCGGUCGCGCCAGGAUUCAAGGAGCUCGGAGGUAUUCAUAUACCGCCGUCAGGCCCACAGCCGUUACCGAAACAUCUUCAGGAUUUUCUCGACGCGCAGGGCAACGACGGUGUUAUUUACUUUAGCCUAGGAUCGCAAAUAAACUCGUCCACCAUGUCGAACCAGGUGUUUGCAGCUUUUUACAAAGCAUUCGAGCAAGUACCACAGCAAAUACUGUGGAAGUGCUCCGAAGAGAAAAUGCCCAGGCUGGCCAAGAACGUUAAGUGCAUCGAAUGGGCGCCACAGCUCUCCAUAUUGUACGAUUAUAAAUAUUAA